AUGUCUUCUCAAGAAAACUCGGGCAGCUACCUGCAGCAGGCGUCUGGGGUCGCAGGCAGUUUUUAUAGCUACAUGCGUCUUCCAGUCCUGGUGUCCUCGGGCAUCGCUGCUGCGCUCAGCUCCUUGUUGUAUUUCAAGCAGAAAGCUCUCAUCUACCCUUCCCACGUUCCGAACGAUGCUCGAACAGAAGUCCCUCGACCGUCUCAGUUCGGCAUCACCGACUUCGAAGAUCUCAUGAUACCUACUCCCGACGGCGAGAACCUCUCUGCAUUCUAUAUUCGACCCCCAAAGACUGGUAUGCGCAAGGGAGUCACGGUCUUGAUGUUUCACGGCAAUGCAGGCAAUAUUGGACACAGAGUACCUAUCGCGCGAAUGUUCGUACACAGGAUGGGAUGCAGCGUCUUGAUGCUAGAAUACCGAGGCUAUGGUCUAUCUACUGGAUCUCCAGACGAAACAGGACUCAUGAUCGAUGCGCAAACGGCUUUCGAUUACCUGCGGAAUCGAUCAGAGACGAGGGAUAACGAUAUUGUGGUAUUUGGACAAAGUCUAGGAGGGGCGGUGAGCAUACAGCUCGUGGCCAAGAACCAGAACGACAGUAGAUUAGUGGGGUUGGUCCUAGAGAACACGUUCCUGAGCAUGAGAAAGUUGAUCCCAUCUAUCAUCCCACCUGCAAAAUAUCUUACCCUGCUCUGCCAUCAAGUCUGGGCAUCCGAUACUUACCUCCCUUCCAUCACGGAAGUCCCAAUUCUCUUCCUUUCUGGUCUACAGGACGAAAUAGUUCCACCAAGCCAUAUGCGCCGCCUCUUCGAGAUUUGUCAAUCCCCAACAAAGGUAUGGAAACCUCUACCGGGAGGAGACCACAACUCCAGUGUCGUUGAGGAAGGAUACUUCGAAGCCAUAGACGACUUCGUUUCGAACUUGGAUACAAAGUGUGCGUGA